AUGAACUCGGAUACUGGCAUUCCAGGGAUGGAACUGUUCAUUCGCAAAAUUGAUGAGAACGCGAGAUGGAAGCCCCACGACGUUCUUGUUCGCUACCCGAGUGGGCCCAAUUGGGAGGCGGAAGGCUACUGCUCGUUGAAUUGGCGACAAUACGCUGACGGCAUCAACAAGACAGCUCACUGGCUUGAUAAAGUCUUUGGAAAAUCGGCAGGAAACGAAACAAUUGCUUAUUCUGGGCCAAGCGACUUGCGAUAUGCCUUUCUGUUCGGGGCAGCAGUCAAAACCAGCCGCACCUUGCUGAUACCAGAUAGUUAUAUGAAGGAUGGUCUUAUGGGCUUACUAGAGGCCACCGACUGCAAAAUCUGGUUGUAUUCUGAAGGAGGUGCUUUCAGUCCAGAAGCAGAGCUUGUAGCCAGCGGUAUCAAUGUCCAAAAGUUCCACAAUCUGGACUGGUGCAUUAGUGCCGAAGGGACCCAUGAUUAUCAAUACGACAAGACAUAUGAAGCUGCAAAAGAUGAUGAAAUUCUCAUCAUACAUACCAGUGGUACGACAGGCCCUCCAAAGCCCAUAGUCAUGAACAAUGGUUUUUGGGCAGCCGGGUGUUCCUCUGCUGCUUUGGCUCGUCGCCAUUGGCCUCGGGGUAUCUCUACAGAUCCCUUCUUUGGACGGUCCUUGAUCUUGGCUAUUCCUAUGAGGCUGCAGGGUGGCCUCGUUAUGAUCAACAUGUUUUCCGUAUUCUACAAAACUUGCGUCAUCCUACCGCCCCCCGAUGUGGUCGGACUACCUCCGAAAAUAUUCAAGAAACUGCUUAGCCUAAAUAAGGUUGAUGGCCUAAUGGGUUACCCGUUCAUGAUUUCGGAUCUAUACAACACCGAAGAAACUCGAGAAUCACUAAAGUCGCUCGAGUUCAUCACGUACCUAGGUGCUAGUCUCGACCGAGAUGUCGGAGAUGCGCUGUGCGAGCACACUAGACUCAACUCGGUCAUGGGAGCUACUGAGGCGGGUGGUCGCUUCUCCCUUCAUCCCAGGGAUAGGAAGUUAUGGUACACUUUUCAAUUCAUACCCGAGCAUCAUAUUCGCAUGGUCAAGCUAGAGGGCUCUGGGGCAGCUUUGGGGGAUGAGCAUGAUGUCUACCAGGCUUUUACUGACAGGCCACCCGAUGGUAAACCAUCCAUCUAUCAAUGUGCUUUCUGGAACUACAGGAUGUUCGAGAAGGUUGAUACGAUUGAUCAUAAGGAGUUAUGGAGACCUGUAAAAGAUAGCGAUGGCAGUACCAGGUGGGAAUUUGUUUACAGAGCCGACGACUGGGUGAAGCUCAUCUGGAUGGCGAAAUUUCAUGCCCAAGACAUUGAGACCAAAGUCGCCAAAUAUCCAGGUAUCAGGCACGUUAUGGUCGGCGGUACGCAACGUGUUGCACCCUAUGUCUUGAUUGAGGUGAAGGAUGAAAUGUUGGCUAGGGAUCCUGAGGAACUUCUCGAUGAGAUCUAUGAAAACGCCAUUGUGGGAAUUAACAAAAACUCCGCGACAGCAGUGGAGAUCCCCCGAGAUACCGUGUUUUUGGCUAAGAAGAACAAGCCUAUAAAGCUGACUGGGAAGCUGCAGGUGCUCAGGAGAGAAGUAGAGAAGGACUACGAAGAAGAAAUUGAUGCAGUAUAUGAGAGAUUGGAAAGUAAAAGCAAGGGAAUCAGGACAAAGUUCUUGGGAAACAUGAACUAG